AGUUGAAACCCCUCCCUCCAAAUUAUAUAGUCUCUGUUAUUCUCUCUCUCAUCCUCAUACAUCUCACGACUCCACAAUCCUCAAAUUUUAAAUCAGUUCCUUUACCCCUGCCUACUUCUUGUGUACAUAACACCUCUCUCUCUCUCUAUAAAUUUGACAUUUUCUCUGUUUCGAUAAGCCAUUCUGAGGGUUCAAGAACUGCGAUGCUACAGGUGGAUUUGGAAACACUGGUUUCAGCGUGUGCCGGCGGAUCCAGCGAUCGGAAAAUUGCCUGCGAGACCCUCGCCGACGACCACAACACGGAUCAGCCGGAGCAUCACCCCGAUUCGCCGCCGGAGUCGUUUUGGCUCUCGAGGGAUGAGGAGUACGAUUGGUGGGAUCGCAACGCCGUUUACGAGCGGAAAGAGUCCACCAAGGGUAACUCCAAUUCCACCAAUUUGAACCCUAACUCCAAUUCCAAUUCAAAUUCUCAGCGUUUCUCUUUGAAUCUGAAGUCCAAGGCAGGCAUCAUUGGCUUGCCUAAGCCUCAGAAACCUUCUUUCGUCGACGCCAAGAACCGUCGUAACCACAAGCCCAGCAACAUUAGGUUGUUCCCGAAGCGGACCGUGUCCGUCGGGAAAACCGGGUCCUCGCUCGUCGAACCGUCCUCGCCGAAGGUGUCUUGCAUGGGGAGGGUCAGAUCAAAGCGCGAUCGAAAUCGCAGGUUGAGAAAUAGCCGAAGGUCCUCCGCCGGCACAGACACUGCCGCCGCCGCCUCAGUCGCCAAAGAAAAACCGGCGAAAAGCGGAAAAAAACCUGGUUUCUUCGACAAUUUUCGUGCUAUUUUUCGCUCCGGUCGCAGGGAAAAACUCGACCGGAAAACCGAUACUCCGGCGGCGGAUUCAACUGUAACGAAGAGCGUCAAGCGAGAUAGCACGGCAAGCGUGAACGACAUGUCGUUUGCGGAGUCGGUCUCGAGAAAUAGCGUGUCUGAGAGUGAACCGCCCGGUUUGGGUGGUAUGAUGCGGUUUACGUCUGGGAGGCGGUCUGAGUCGUGGGGAGUAGGUGAUCCAGAAAUCCACGUGGCACAUUAGCAUUGGUGAAGGUCAGCGUUUCGGCGAUGACAACCACGAAGUGGGGCCCUUCGCCAUUCGGUCAAGCAAUCGAUAUAAAAAUCUCGCCACUGGCGAGUCUUAUGUGUGGGGCCAUAGCGUUAGAAGUCGUUCCAUGGUGACGUGGCACGUUGAACAACGAAAUAGACUUGAUAACUUACUACUGUUGGAAAGGACAUCCUAUUUAUUUUUAUUCUGUGAUUGAAUAUGCUGGGUGUUUUUCUCACUCUAUUCUAUUAUUAUAGAAACAAAGUUUUGUAAAUAUAGACAUAUAAUGAGUGUUUUUUUUUUUUUUUUUUUAAA